AUGGAGGCGGCUCCGGGCACCCUCUCGCCGCCCCAGACUUUAUUCUUAGGCGCUGCGACCUUGGUGCUUGCAGUGAAGCUGAGGCGUCCCGGGGAGCCAGGGUUUUGCUUUGCACUUCCUAACCCAAAAGCUGGGCUGCCGCUUCCCCCGCUGACCCAGCACAAGGACUAUGAUCUGGAAAUAACCAACAAUGGUCCCAUCACAACAGGAGCUCAAGCUACUGUUCACGCCAGUCUAAGUAGGAAGAAUGACAGUGUCGCACCAAACUUGUAUCACUUUAACUGGAUUUAUGCUCCUCUGAUUCUGAUAGAGAAAUCCGAGCAGUGGUUUAACUCCGUAAUUAAUGUGACCAGUGAAUUUCCUGGGACUUUUCCUGUAUCAGUCUGGGUGACUCAUAGAAACUGUUGGUUAUGUCGUCCAGUUGCUAGAAAUGUCACCGUGCUUCAGAUUACAGAAUUUAUCACAGGGAAUCUUACCAUUGCCCAGAUAGAAGACAGUAGAUUUAUCACACAUGGUUCUACUUCUUCCACGGGUGCUGUGACUCGGAUUUCUUUCUGUCUUCACGACCCAAGUCAUUACUUCAAGUCAGCAUCAUUUGUCUACAACUGGGAUUUUGGAGAUGGCAUUUAUCAGAUAACUAAGGAACCCUUUGUCUACUAUAACUGCUCUACCAUGGGGAAUCGCACAGUGCAUCUGAAAGUCAUAGCGGAAUGGGAGCAAAUUGGAAGCAUCAUACAUGAAAGAGAAACGGUGCAGAAAACUGGUGAUUUUACCACUGCUCUGGAGCUGUUAGAUGCUGUUAAAAGUAUCAAUGUAGUGGGCUCCAGAGAGACUCACGUAAUGGAAAACUUGAGUUUAUCUCUUCAUAUCAAUGGCACCCCACCGCUGGCCUUAUGCUGGCUUAUAAAGUCUGAGUGCAUUCCACUUGAAGGUGAAAAAUGCCAUCUGGUGGUGAUUAAUGGCUCCUGCUACAAUCUCAGCCAUACCUUCAGUGAUGCUGGACAGUAUUGCCUCAGCAUCAGAGUGGAGAACGGCGUGACGAUGCUGCAGACGUACCACGCAAUAAAAGUGUGGCCCACAGGGAUCCACCCAGCUUUCUUUGUCCUGCUCUGCAUCGCUCUGGUUUCAGGGAUGCUAGGACUGGUGCUGUACACAACUUUCCGAAGUAACACACAACAAAAAGAUCUCGUGGAGGUAGCUGACUUCGACUUUUCUCCACUGUCUGAUAAAAACCUGCCUUCUCAUUCGGAGUCAGGCUGUGGCCAAAUAUGUUGCAGAUCAUGUUUUCUUCGGUCAUCUCAAGAAGCUGCCAGGGAGAGUCAUGAACUUCUACAUUCUUUUUACAAGCCAGUCAAAAUGUACACACUGUGA